AGUCACUCAGUCAGUCAUUUCUCCCGGCACCAUCAUGCCAUUGUUUGCAAGUUUUCUGCUCUUACAAUUCCUCUAUAAUUGUUUUAGAUCCAGUAUCAAAGUUGUUAUCUUGUAUCUAUUUUGUAUGUUACCUGUGAGUAAUUAUUGUGAACUGUUGACUGGUCCGGUUUACCUUAGGUGUAAUGAGUACGAUACAUACUGGAUGUGGUCUAUAGCUUAUCCCGGAUAAUCCCUGGCUGAAGGUGGGACAGGGUCUAGAACUGUUGUCAGACAGGUCGUUAUGAAUGUGCGGUAAUGAAGUGCUUGUGAGAAUAUCUUUGUCUAUUCGUAUGUACGUGUGACAAGACAGUGCGCUGACUUGUCCGUGCGCCAUAACCAAACGUUGGUAUGCCACAGAAAAAGGUUUAUGAUGCAGUGAUUUGCCAAAAACUCACUUCUAACUGGCGAAAGCAGAACACAUAUGUAGACACUUGAGGGACAAAUGUAAAGUGAUCCAAUCCCUGAUUCAUUAAGUCAUAAAGUAUGGUCCUUGUGCAACAUUGAUUUUCGUUGUAGAUAUUUGGUUCUUUGUUGUUUUACCUCCCACCUAGCAUUAUCGAAGUUUUAUAAUGUAGUUCUGUGUUCAACAUUCUCCAGACCACACAGUGACUGACAUCAUGAGCAUCUACAUGUGAUUAUGACAUCAUAGUAUUACGUCAACGAAUCAGCGAGCCUGAAAACCUGCAAUCCCGUUAGUCGCCUCAAACAACAAGCAUGGGUCACUGAGGACCAACUUUAAAACCGGAUCUUUCUGGGGAGGUAACACAGCUGUACUUCCGCAGCAUGUUUACCAUGUCGCCAGGACGGUGUGGAUGAGAGUGGUACUAGAUCCAGUAGCUGCCACGCCUAGCCUACAGUAGCCACGGCUUCAGAACAACAGCAGAAACUAUGGCGACGACAGCGUCGGCUAAUAAUGUGGCUGACUGCACAAGGACAACGAUCGUUAACGAGAUCGACGCUGUUUCUGUCAACAUUGACAGUGAUGUCUCACAUGUUAAUAGAAUUAUAUACAAAGGAGCCGAGGUUACCGCCGGGCAAUCUCCCUUUGAAAACAUCGUCAAUUCUGCUUGGGCUCGUAUCAACCAGGUUAAUUCACAACAACAUGUUUCAACCCGCGCCGAGAGGUCUGUGAUGCGGCUGUUUACCAGCAGCGGGUCUGUUUACAUAGAAGGGAAGUCGGGAUCAGGGAAGUCCAGGCUAGCGAUCCGCCUUAUGUCCAAAAUCUCAAAAGAGACAGGAAGGACACCCAUCAUCCUGUCAGCAUGGCAGCAGUGGGAUGUCAUCCCGAAACGGUCAGCCAAUGACAGCAGCGGCCCCAGUGAAAAGUUUAUUGUGUUGAUAGAUGACAUAUAUGGCACGAGCAACUUGGAUCCUCAGCAAGUGGUUGGAUGUGAGAGAUACUUUGACAUGAUGUGGCCCCACGCUCUACCAGGUGACAUAUUCUUUGUACUCACUUCCAGAUCAGACAUAUCUGCUUUGUGUAACAGUAAAGUGAAAACUAGUCCUCUGAUCAGAAAAGCUAUCCACAUUGACUUGGAUGGAAGCAAGUAUUCAUUAACAGCAAGUGAAAAACGAAAAAUGCUGCGAAAAGUGUGUAAGGUUGACUUCAGUGUAAGUGAACUGGAAACAUUAACCGAGACCGAGGUCUCCCUUGGGUUCCCCCAGUGCUGUACAUACUUCUCCAACAGCACAAGGGCACAGGAGAAAAGCGUCAGUUUCUUUCACAACCCACUGGAAUUCAUCUUGGAAGACGUGGAUACGUUGCACGAAUGUGACGGCCUUGGCUACCUUGUGUUACUGAUUGUGUUGAUGAGCAAAGGAUACUUAAAUGAAGAAAUGCUAUGCCCGUUCCAACGGCCGAUCACAACACUUAUACAAAGUCUGCAACAAUGCUGCAGUGGAAUAUCAGAACAGGUAACCCUUGCAGACAUCAACAAGAAGGCUGAAGCCCUCUGCGACGUGUACCUGCUUCAGACAGACAGUGGAUAUAUGUUCCAACACCAAUCGGUGUCUGAUGCCAUGUUCAUUAGUAUCUCAAAGAAGUAUCCAGAUAUUUGCAUUGACACAUGCCCCGCUGAUAUACUGGUGGAGUUAGUGAGGACACAUGCAGGAGACACAGACGGACUCGAUACAACUUUAUGCCUAUCAGAACAGUAUUUUCCAGAUUUUGCUCAUCGAUUGACAGAAAUAUUGAUGUCUGAUGAGUAUGAAACUAUCCUACAUCAUCCAUCAUUUCACCACAAGGAGUUUGUGCAGUUUCUGGUUAACACAUGGACCGGUGAAAAGUGUAAGAUACUUCUGCAUGAACACAAGCCAACAGCUGUGAGUGUUGACCACCCUGUUGUGCUACUACAGACAUAUCCUUUGUUUGAACACAGUGUGCUUCUCUCAGAUAUCAUUUUGAAAAAGAUGAUGCUUGUGUUGCAGUCUGUAUGUCUGGAAGAGCUGGACAUUUCUGUCCAUUUGCCCAAUUGUUUGGCUUGCGCUAUAUAUACUGAGGACAACGACCUUAUCAGAGACUUGCUUUCUAUGGGCGCGGAUCCAAAUGAAGAUUGCUUUCGAGCUCUGUGUCAGUCACCGAACAUAGAAGAAAGAUAUACAGAUGCAAUUCUAUCACGCUUUGAGAACCGUCUCGAAGGUGUGAGCAAUCUGGAUCACUUGUUUGGCAUCGCUGUGAUGAGCGGAAGUACCAAGGUUGUAAACCUGCUGGUGAAGCUGUUGAAGGGAGAAAGGAGACAUGUAAUUCAACUACAUUUAGAAAUGUUAUUGAAGAAGUUUGUGAAAAUUCCCACCGACCCUGCCUUAAUAGUUCCUGGCGACAUCGCUAACUAUGUGGAAACAGUUGAUGUGUUGUCGUCAGCAAGUGAUGACAUUGACCUUGAUUAUCUGGUGUGGCUGACCGCUGCUCAUUCAGAUGCUACAAUCCUCAGAUGCUUCCUACAGAACCCGAAGUGUGAUCCCUUGAAGACGUAUAGAGGAUCAUCUCUAUUUCUGGACACAACAUCUUUGCAACAGGCAGCGGCAUUUGGUGGUGCUGAAUGUGUGGAUCUGUUGAUAGAGUUCCUACAACAGAAGGGUGUACCACCAGCCGACUUCCUGAAUGAAUCAGAACCCGCCAAUUACUGGUCUCCAAAUCUCAGUGCGUUAGAGCUUGCAAUACAAUAUAAUGACAGCUCCGAUGUCAUAAUACCACUGUUACAUGCUGGAGCCGAUGUUAUCAGGAAGAAUUCACUGGGACAAACAAUGCUCCAUAUUGCUGCUGCCAGGAUGCACGUGGGGCAUGUGAAAACCCUGCUGAAUGCUGGAGCAUCUGUUUGUGAAACGUCGCGGAACGGGAAAACUGCUUUCACUGACCUAUACCCGUACGGGUUCCCGCACACGGAGUCUGACACUCACGUUGAAAUAGUCAAGGCUUUUAUAGAAGCUGGAAGCGAUGUCAAUGAGCUUGACUUUAAUGACAGAUGCUGUCUCCUCAAGGCUGCUGCUUAUCAAGACUUUGACACUGUUCGCUAUCUCUGUGGCAAAGGGGCUGACUUGAAUCAGAAAGACGCUGAUGGAAAGCCAGUAUUGUUUGAUAUAGUCAGCAUGUGUGAACUGGAGAUGAUAAAACAUGUGAUCACUCUUGGGACCGAUGUAUCUGUAUUAGACUGCAAUGGUCGGAGUGUUAUGCACUACGCAGGAAAGUCAGAAACUGCAGCUGUUGACUUAAUCUUUUACUUCAAAGAUGUGCACAACAUUCCUUUAGACGGUGUUGACAACCUGGGUAGAAAUGUGUUGUUCUAUGCUGCAGGAUGCGGUGAUGAAGAGGUAGCUGAGCUGCUUGUAGAUAUGGGACUGGAUGUCAACACGAGAGACACUGAUGGUACAACGCCCUUACAUAUAGCAUGUGGACAACAUGAUUCUAUAUCAGACCCUCGGAUUAACACGUGCAUUGUCAAAUUUCUGUUGGAGAGAUGUGCAAACCCACGUGUACAAGAUGCAGGUGGUGAUACACCACUACAUUAUGCGGUGUCGGUGUCGGUAACAAGUGAAAUUGUAGACCUUCUCCUCGAGGGAGGUGCGGAUCCAAAUAUUCACGGCAGAUUUGGUUGUACUCCUUUACACUGCGCAGUGCAAGAGAGGUCUCAGGACAUUAUCACGACCCUGAUCGCGAACGGUGGUGACCUCAGUGCCAAAGACUUCGAUGACUGUGCACCUUUACACUAUGCAGCUAGGUCAUCUAAUGGACGUGAGAAUGUGAAGUUACUUCUUGAGAAGGCAGGUAAUCCAGACAUAAAAGACAGAAGUGGCUGCACCCCAUUGCACUAUGCUGCGAAGAGCUGGGGUACUGGAAUGGCUAUGACCUCAUUAGUCGAAGGAGGUGCUGACGUGGGUGCUAAAGACAGAAAUGGCUGCACGCCAUUGCACUAUGCAGCACAACAGAGGGAUUGUAAAGAUAAUGUGAAGUUGCUGCUGCAGGGUGGUGCUGACAUAUGGGCACAGGAUAAAGAUGGCAGAACACCAGUUCACUAUGCAGCAGAACAAUUGUAUUGUGAUGGGAACUUGAAGAAUCUCUUAGAGAAAAUGGAUGGUCCGUUGCCUAGAGAUAAAGAUGGAUGUACCCCAUUACACUACGCCGCAAGAGAGAGAGACUGUGUGGAGAAUCUCCAGGUGCUCCUGGAUAACGGUGUUGACGCUGGUGCUCAGGACGGAAAUGGUCGUGCCGCUCUACACUACGCAGCAGGGGUACAUGGAAGCAGAACUGUGAAAAUGCUUUUGGAGAACGGUUCCCCUCCAUCCACACAAGACAAAGACGGUUGUACUCCUUUACACUUUGCCGCCAAAGUGUAUGAUUGUGAAGAGAAUGUGAAGAUUCUACUGGACAAAGGUGCUGAUCCAAAUGUUGAAGACAGAAAUGGUUGCACGGCGCUUCAGUAUGCACUGAGCAGUGGGUGUGAAGAUAAUGUCACUGCUCUCCUCGACCACUGUAGGUGUGCACAUGGCGAGACCGUUAUAUAUCGCAGGAAGUAAACCAGCAGAUAUAUACACCAAACAUCAUAGUGCAGGAACACAGCCUACAAGCAAACCGAAUCACGAGUCUCACUAACCAAUUCAGACAAUGGCCUACUUUUCAGCCGAUCCGAAUUGUCUCGUGUGAAAGUGAAAAGAGACACCACAAACACCUAUGGUUACACUAAAUGCCAAUUCAUUGUUUC